CUGCGUGACGCAACUCUCAAGACUUCACCUGCCGACUCUGCCGACAUCUCCAGUCCACCGCUCAUAAUAUCCGCGCAUCGCAUUCCGCUAUUCAUGUCGUAUCCAGGCCAGCACGGCUACGGCGCUCAGCCCCACGGCCAGCCCGGCUACGGCCAAUAUCCUCCCCAGGGUGGCUACGGCGGCUAUCCUCCUCAAGGGCCUCCUCCUGGCCAGUACCCUCCGCCGCAACAGGGCGGCUACUACCAACAACCGCCUCCCGGUCAAUAUCCUCCUCAAGGAGGCCACUACCCCCCGCCUCAAGGUCCUCCCCAGGGCUACGGCGCACCUCAAGGCUACGGCGCGCCUCCUCCGAUCCCCCCGUCGCCGUACGGACACUCUCCAGCACCCGGCGGAUACGGCGCGCCCUCGGGUCCGCCGCCUCAGCAGUAUGGCGCGCCUCCCCCGCAGAACUACGGACCCCCGACGCCGGCCUCGAUAGGCUACGGCCCGCCGCAGAUCAUCAACUGGGACGGCACGCCCGACGCGACGACGGCGCGCAACGCCAUGAAGGGCUUCGGCACCGACGAGAAGACGCUCAUCCGCUGCCUCGCGACCAAGGACCCCCUCCAGAUCGAGGCCAUCAAGGCCGCCUUCAAGAGGAACUUCAACCGCGACCUGGAGACGGACGUCAAGAAGGAGACGGGCAGCUGGUUCGGCAAGGGCAUGGUCUCCGUCGCGCGCGGGCCCCUGCGGUCCGACAUCUACAACCUCUUCGACGCCAUGGACGGCCUCGGCACCAAGGAGAGCGUGCUCAACGACGUCCUCCUCGGGCGCUCCAACGCCGACAUGCAGGCCAUCAAGAGCGCGUACCAGCAGACCUUCCGGCGCCGCCUCGAGGACGACGUCAAGGGCGACCUGAGCAUGAAGACGGAGCGGCACUUCCUGAUCGUGCUCGGCGCCAACAGGGCGGAGGACUCGGCGCCCGUGAUCCCCCAGCAGGUCGACCAGGACGUCAUGGACCUGUACAGGGCCACCGAGGGCAAGGUCGGCACCGACGAGAUGCUCGUCUGCAGCAUCCUCAGCACGCGCAACGACAACCAGAUCCGCGCCAUCAACCAGGCCUACGAGCAGAAGUUCAGGAGGAGACUGGAAGACGUCAUCAAGAAGGACGAACAGGAAUUCUCGGGCCACAUGGAGGACGCGCUCCUCUUCCAGCUCCGCCACGCCGUCGACAAGUACAUGCACGCCGCCAAGCUCCUCGAGGACUCGAUGGCCGGGCUCGGCACCAAGGACCACCUCCUCGUCGCCCGCGUCGUGCGCUUCCACUGGGAUCAGAACUUCCUGGCCAACGUCAAGGGCGCGUACCAGGCCAAGUACAACCGCAGCCUGGCGAGCCGGAUCAAGGGCGAGACGAGCGGCGACUACCAGCGGCUGAUGCUGGCGUGUAUCGGUGAGCAGAUCUGA